AUGACCGCCGCGAAAACUAUCAAAUUCCUUUACAGCUACGGCGGCAGAAUCGUCCCCCGCCCCGACGGCAAGCUCCGCUACUCCGGCGGCCACACGCGCAUCCUCUCCGUCGAUCGUUCGAUUACUUUUGCAGAGCUGAUGGUGAAAUUGGGGGAAUCGUGUGGAUCCUCCGUGAAUCUGACGUGUACGCUGCCGGGCGAGGAUCUGGACGUUCUGGUCACGGUCAAGUCUGACGAGGAGCUCCGGAGUGUGAUCGAGGAGUACGAGAGGUCGUCGUCGCAGGAGGCGAAGAUCAGGGCGGUGCUUUUUCCGGCCAGAUCUGGGAAGAAAAUCACCCCGCCGUCGUCUCCGAUUUCGUGCUUCGACUUCCCUUCCGCCGCGAAGGCGCGCGGCGCUGCUCCUUUCUCCGCCACCGCCUUCUACCGCGCGUACGCGCCUCCCGCGGCAGUGAGGCGGUGCGCGUCUCCGGUCGUUGGGUAUCCCGUCGUCGCCGGGAAAAGCCGUUACUAUCAGGCGAGGGCUUACCACGUGCCGAUUAGGAAUUAUUCUCAAUAG